CCCAGGCCCGCGGACUGCCCCGGGCGGGCGGGGCUGGCAUCCCUGGGCCGACCCACUCGGCUGCUGGCCGCCUGCCCAGCUUCGCCUCCCAACCUGCGUUUUCUUUCGCUUUCUUCAGACAUUCCUUGCCGCCCCCUGGACGGAGGCUCCGGGCCCGGCUCGGCGCGCGGGCAGAGCAGCUUCGCCUCCGGGGGUUUCCCCGGUGCGGGAGGCGGGGGGCCGCGCGCCGUCGCCCGUACUGACCGUACUGUCGGUUCCAGACGGUGCGGGCGCCGGGAGGGAGGACGCCACCUCCUCGAGCCACCAACUCGGCGCCCACCGCCGCUGUGUCCCCAGACCUUCCCGCCGAGCGGGGGAAGGAAGCAAAAGCCUGGGAGAAACCGGCUGGACGGCACGUUCUGGAGCCUGGGACUAUACAGGGAGAGGCAGCCCCGAGAUGAGGCGGGGCUGGGGACCCCGGUGCCUUGCGCUCUCGUUCGCCCUGCUGGCCCAGCUGACUCUGCCAGGCGAUGGCAAUGAGGGAAGCAUUACUGGAAGUUGUCCCUGUGAUGAAGUCAUUUCUUCCGGUUCCCCUCUAAAGGCUGGGCCCAUGGGACAUCUCCGAAAGCAUGUGAAAGUCUAUCACCGCUGUGCUUCGUAUGUCAGGUUCCAGCUACCAUUCCGGAGUGUGUGUGGGGGCAGCAAAGACCAGUGGGUUCAGGAACUGAUGAGCUGCUUUGAUCGCAGAGAAUGUGGACAUGCUCACUUCAGGAAGGUGCCCCCCCAGGAGCAUUUACCUCCUCCAAGGACCCUGAUUGCUGACCCCACAGAAGAGGCACCUUCAGACAUGGGAAGUCCUGGGCAGAUGUACCUGCCACCCACCUUGAAGUCUACCCAGCAGCCAACCAUUCCAGCAAGAGUACCAUCCUUGGACAAGCAGCUCACCCAUACCAGUGAAACCACUACUUCCACUGCAAGCCACAGCCUGGGUGUUGGGCCUGGGGUUGGAGAGAACCAGAAGCAGCUGAAAGAAAAUGUGGCUGGGCCAUCAGCCAUGGUGCCAGUGCUGUGCCUCCUGGCCAUCGUCUUUGUUCUCACAGGAGCCCUCCUGUAUGUGCUAUGCAAGAGGAGGAGGCAGCUGCUACAGUACUCUCCAGAUUUGCAGCUUCAUUAUGCACCUGUGGCACCAGACUCCACCGCUGGAGCUAAGAAUGGAAGCUUGUGAGGACCCUGGCCUCACGUGCUUGCCCCUUUGCCUCAGCUUCUCUGCUGAUGGUUCCCCAUUUCCCAGGUCUCUCUUCACAUUACACCAGUUGUUCCUCUCCGGCUUCAGCCCUCUCCUGCUUCCUCCCUCGACCUCACAGUGAAGGCUUGGGCUUCCCAUCCAUUAUCCCUCUUCAGCAGCCAUAGACAGGCUGGUUUUACUUCCUCAAUCCUUUGCGUCACCCAUAUGUGCCCCAGUGAGUCUGAGCUCCUUGUUUUUGUUACUGUUUUUAUUAAAACCCUUAGUUCUUGUUUUGUCUCUUCCAAUGAAGAAGAAAGUGUUCUCAUUGAUCUAAGUCAGUGGAAACCUGUGGCAGGGACACGAAAUGUAUGAUGAAGUGGGUUAAGCAUAGCCCACUAUGAAUUGCCAUCUCCUGUCUGAGCUGGUCAGUGCUUUUGUGAAAAAGUACAGAGCAGGAGCACCCUGCUGGAGGAGCCAGGGCUUAGUUGUAGGCUGGCUGGGUCUUGAAGUUUCUCCAUUCCCACUGUUUGCUUCUUUGCCCUCAUACGCUCUGACCUGCAGGGCACACAUGCGGCAGCCCACGCUCCCCAUCCUGCAGGUCUCCAGGUUCCACCCAGGAUGCAGGUGAUGUUCUCCUUCCAAGCUCUUGCUCCACCUGCCUGAUCUAGUUUUCCAGCAUCUGCUCACAGGUUCGGGCCACAUCACUGAGCUUAAGGCGGGCAUAGUCCACUCGCUUCAGGGCCAUCUGACAAUCCUUCCUUGAAGAGUAGCUGGAUCCCUCAUGGGGCUGCCCUGUGGCCACCUACAGAGCAUUUAGAUUAAUCAGUGAAGCACCCGUUCUCUUACCCAUUUCUCCCACAGGCAUCAGGUCUUGUUUCAUUUCUUCCUUGAGUUUGAAUCUCACAUGGUAGUAGCUGGAUAAUCUAGGGGGAGUCACUUCUGUUAACCUCACCUGUAAAAUGGCGGGUGACUGUAACUACUUCCCAGAGUUAUAGAAAAGUGUCUGGUACAUUGUAAAAAUUAAGUAAAUGGUGACUGCUAUUGUAAAGA